UCGGGUCUUCGGGACGGGGCGAUCAGCUGCGACCAUGCCGACUGUCAGCGUGAAGAGAGAUCUGCUCUUUGAAGCCCUGGGGAAAACAUACACCGAUGAAGAGUUUGAUGAACUAUGUUUCGAGUUUGGACUCGAGCUGGACGAGAUCACGUCAGAGAAGGAUAUCAUAAGCCGAGAACAGGGCGAUCAGAAGGCAGAGGGAGCGUCUGAUGUUGUUCUGUAUAAGAUCGACGUACCAGCCAACCGCUAUGAUCUGCUGUGUCUGGAGGGUCUGGUCAGGGGUCUGCAGGUCUUCAAAGAGAAGAUUGAAGCUCCCCGGUACAGGCGAGUUAGUCCCGCCAAUGGGGGAGAGCCUCAGCGUCUGGUCAUAACGGAGGAGACGGCAUCUGUGAGGCCACACGCGGUAGCAGCUGUCCUGCGCAACAUCACGUUCAAUCAGGAGCGAUACGAGAGCUUCAUAGAGCUGCAGGAGAAACUUCACCAGAACAUCUGCAGGAAGAGAACUCUGGUUGCCAUAGGAACACAUGAUUUGGAUACCAUCUCCGGUCCAUUCACCUACACCGCCAAACCGCCCGGAGAGAUCCGCUUCAAACCGCUCAAUCAGAGCAAAGAGUACACCGCCACAGAACUCAUGAGUUUCUAUAAGACCGACAGUCAUUUGAGACACUACCUGCACAUCAUAGAGAACGAGCCUCUGUAUCCCAUCAUAUACGACAGCAACGGAAUCGUCCUAUCAAUGCCUCCCAUUAUUAACGGAGACCACAGCAAGAUUUCAUUAAACACGAAGAACAUUUUUAUUGAGUGCACAGCUAUGGACCUAACAAAGGCAAAGAUUGUGCUGGAUAUGGUAGUGACCAUGUUUAGUGAGUACUGUGAGGAGCCGUUCACGGUGGAGGAAGCAGAGGUUGUUUGUCCAGAUGGAAGAUCAUGUUUGUAUCCUGAGCUGGCUUACAGGACAGAGACGCUCUCUGCAGACUUCAUCAACAAACAAGUCGGGAUCAACGAGUCAGCUGAAAGUGUAGCUCAGCUCCUGACCAAGAUGUGUUUGAGGUCAGAGGUCAGCGGUGAGGACGAUCGGAUCCAGGUUGAGAUCCCACCCACACGCUCUGAUGUCAUCCACGCCUGUGACAUAAUGGAGGACGCUGCCAUUUCUUAUGGCUUUAACAACAUUGUCAGGACCACGCCCCGUACUUACACAGUAGCCAAUCAGCUCCCUCUGAAUAAAUUGACAGAGUUAUUAAGACAAGACCUUGCAGCUGCUGGAUUUACCGAAGCUUUAACGUUCGCUUUGUGUUCAGAAGAAGAUAUUGCUGAUAAACUUGGGAAAAACAUUGCAGAAACGCGAGCAGUUCACAUCUCAAACCCAAAGACUGCAGAGUUUCAGGUGGCACGCACAACCCUUCUGGCGGGUCUCUUGAAAACGGUCGCUGCCAACAGGAAGAUGCCCCUUCCUCUCAAACUGUUUGAGAUUUCAGAUGUCGUCCUUAAAGACGAAACUCGAGAUGUAGGAGCACGUAACAACCGGCGACUGUCUGCCGUGUACUACAACAAAAGCCCGGGUUUCGAAGUCAUCCACGGACUUCUUGAUCGAGUCAUGCAGCUGCUGGAUGUCAAACCGGGCCGUAACCACGGAUACCACAUCCAGGCUGCAGAGGACUCUACGUUCUUCCCCGGUCGCUGUGCUGAGAUCUUUUCUUGCGGCAAAAGCAUCGGACACUUGGGGGUCCUUCACCCUGACGUCAUCAAUCGUUUUGAGCUGACCAUGCCCUGCUCUGCUAUCGAUAUCGACAUCGAGCCCUUCCUUUGAUGAUAUAAAGAGCUUUGACUGUAUGCCACGCCCCUCAACUGUAAACUGUCGUCUUGGCUCCUCCCUCAUAAACUGCUUUCACUCAUUAUUGGACGCAUGUAUCAUGGCAGGGAGUAACGUUAAUGUUACAACGGCAUGGUUGAGUCAAACAUGUUGUUCAGAAAAUAAAAUCUUUUGUCUAUGGCUAGUACAUGUUAUUAAGCUAUUGAACAUUACGAGUGUAUGUUUGAGCCAGCACGACUUAGAAAUAAAUAAAUGUGGAUUUAAAAGUCAA